AUGCUACAUCAAGACUAUAUUGGAAAGCCAAACCCAUUUCUACUGGGAUCGAAUUGUCGUUACGUGAAUUUUCCGACCGAAAAGAAGUGUAUCAAUUACUUCUUUAGCAUUCCAACGAUUCAUAAUGUUAAUUGGAAAUUCACAGUGGACACCACAAAUUCCGAGGAAACAAACAGUGUAAAAUUCAGUAUUUCCCAGAAGAAAGAGCCGAAAGCGUAUGGUUCAAUUGAACUGGAAGUGGGACUAGUUGUUGAGAAUUUGGAGAGUUCAGAGCAUUCGAUUAGAGCAAUCGGGCGGUAUGAAUUCACAAAAGACACGAAUAAAAUGAUCAUCGAUAUUCCGGGAUACGAUAGAAUUUACGAUGGGAAACAAGGGUUUUUCGAUGAAAAAUCAGGGGAGAAAACGUUUAAAAUUCGAUAUAAUAUAGUUGUGAAGUCGUCGAGAUUGUACGAUUCUGUUGAACUUUUCGAUUUUUAUCAUUUCGAUUCGACGAUUUUCGAUGUGGAAGUCAAUGUUUUCGGUCACCAGAUGUUCUUGUCGAAGAAGUUGAUUUCUCUCCAAUCUCCCCAUCUUUAUCACAUGAUUGAAUCUCAAAAUAUAAUUUAUUCGGAUCUUCCAACCGGUUGUUUCUUCUACAUUUUCCAUGAUUUUCUCCAAAUAAUUCACGGAGUUGAUCUCCAAUUGGAUAACGAAAACAUCAGCAAAUUCCUCGAUUUGGCCGAUCAUCUGGAAGUGCCACGUGUCACAGAGUACUGUAAGAGACAGAUGAUAAAUGGAUUGGAUGGAAUGACGACGAAUCAGAUGGUCGAGUUGGCAGAGAAGUGGUCAUUCUGGGAUAUUGUGCCCCGUAAACUGGCUCAAGCUCAUUGUUUGGCAGAUUUAAAGACGCAGGACUGGGAUUUGGAUAAGUUGGAGAAAGAUGUGAUCGAUCAAAUUACUAGAAGACUUUUUGAAUUGAACUGUUAG